AUGGCCGCAGAACCGUCGGAAACCGCCAAUGCGCCAGUCCCCAGCCCGGAGAGCCAGAACACAGCUGCCACAGCAGCUCCUACAGCGGAAGCGCAAGCCAAAGGGGAACUGGAAUUGAAGCUCCCAUCGUCAGCCGCUGAUGGUUUGAUUCAGAAGCCAUUCCCAAAACCUCUCAACACAACACACAUACCUGCGCCGGAACCGCUUACGGAGCAACAACAGGGGUUGUACAACCAAGUCUUAAAGGAGGUCUCGAAGUGGUCAACAAUCCCGACCACGUCUAAGAAGAAUGCUCCUACGGCCCCAAUUACCGACGACGAGCGCUUGUGGUUAACCCGCGAAUGUCUGAUCCGGUAUCUCCGUGCCGUCAAGUGGGACGAUAAAAAGAAGAAGGAUAAGCAAAAGGUGGACGAAGCAGUUGCUCGGUUACAGAGCACCCUUACAUGGCGCCGGGAAUAUGGCUUGGAAAAGCUGACCGCUGACUACAUCUCCAUUGAGAAUGAAACUGGGAAGCAAAUCAUCCUGGGCUACGACAUCAAUGGACGGCCUUGUCACUAUCUAUGCCCCUCGAAGCAGAACACGGAAAAGAGCGACCGGCAGAUUCAGCAUCUUGUUUUCAUGUUGGAAAGGGUAAUUGACCUCAUGGUUCCGGACCAGGAGACUCUGGCUUUGGUGGUCGAUUUCAACCAGGCGUCGUCGGACCAGAACGCGUCGCCUACACAGGCAUACCAGACACUGCAAAUCCUCCAGAACCACUAUCCGGAGAGAUUAGGCCGGGCCUUGGUCAUUAAUAUGCCAUCCUGGCUCUCUUGGUUCUUCAAGGCAAUCUCCAGAUGGAUUGACCCAGUCACCAAAGAGAAGAUGAAGUUCAACGAGGACCUCCGUCAACACGUGCCUGCUGACCACCUAAUGAAAACUAUGGGAGGCGACGUGGAGUUCCAGUAUGACCACGCAACCUACUGGCCAGCAUUGAUUAAGCUGGCUGAAUCGCGACGCAACGGUUACUAUGAACGCUGGAUCCAAGGAGGCAAGCGGAUCGGAGAGUAUGAGAAUUAUCUCAGGGGCGGUCCUCAGCCCAGCCUGUCGCAGACCCAGGGUGAUUCUGGUGAGAAAUCUUGA